AUGAAUUUUGAAAACAGAUGGGUCUUGAGAUCCGCUCUGAACUUCGCAAGUGAUGGAGAAGUAGAUGGAGAAGUAGUCAGAGAAGUAGGUAGAGAGUUCCAGAGAAAAGGACCAGAAAUGGAUUUGAACUUCGCAAGUGAUGGAGAAGUAGUCAGAGAAGUAGGUAGAGAGUUCCAGAGAAAAGGAUCAGAAAAAGCAAAAGCAGAUUUGGCAAAAGGGUGUUUACCACGAGUUAAGAAAAAGCGAGAAGAAGAAGACGAUCGUAAACCGGGGCGUUUAGGCAUGAGUGACUUUCUUUGCUUUGGUGAUUUUAUAAGUUUGUACUGUGAAGAAACUGAAGGAUACGUCUACAAUGCGCAAACCAGCGCUGCAUUCAACAGCAUAUACGUUUAUCAGUGGCAAGACAGAGAGAAACCAAAGCAUGUGCCUUGCCCGCAAGCCAUUCAGUUUCAGAUUUGCAUUCAAAAUCGAUACAAACUGAACAAGAAGUACCGCAAACUUCUGCAAACGAGUGCUGACGAAGUCGAGAGUCUUGAGUUGAAGACGUUGAAGGCUCAAGCCAAGUUUGCAGCGGACGCAGAGAACGAUGAUAACGUGGCCGAACAGAAAAGACAACAUGGCAAGAGACUAAAGCACAUGUUCACGGAUAAAUUCAUCCACAUUAGUACUACAACCACAAGCAGAAGGGACAAAAAUAAUAUGCUUGUGCACCUGCUGGCAUACAAUGGAAAGCACGCUCAGAUCAAGAUACUGCCCAGGUACAAAGUUAAGACAGAAGGAGAAUCAGUGCAAAUAUUUGACCAAAUAAUAUUCGAGUCGGUCAAAUCUCCCGGUCAGUUCUUCCACGUCAGCGCUCCAUGGAAGAUUGACAACUUUUCUGUCGGGUCGGAGUUGAACCUUGGAGUUCAGCCUGCUGGUUUCACGGUAGUCAAAUGUUACAGACACUCUGAUGAGCAGAAGGAAUAUCUGAGGGUGCAUGAAUAUAUGAUUGCAUGA